AUGAUCAGUGGGUUUUGUAAAGAGAGCUUGUUUGAUGAAGUUUUGACCAUGUUGUCAAUGAUGGAAGAUUUUGGUUCAGAUGUUGUAACUAAUGAAAUAAUUAUUUAUGCUCUCUUUAAAGAAAAUGAAAAUCAUAUGGCAGAGAAACUUCUUCGUAUAGUGAUUGCUAGAGGCUUAUUGUAG